CCGUAGCUUUGAGCCUAAGACUCAUAUUCAACUCUUUUAGCUAAAUUCGUUGCUAGCACCCUGACAGCGCAGAACUGGCAGACUUUGUGCCUAUAGCCCCCAGCAAAGACCACUCUGGGCAGGGGUUUUCUUUUUGCGCAAAAUGCCUUUCACCACCGGCAAAGAAAACUUACUCCAGCUGAAUCGGAAUAGCUUCGACUUCAACCUACAAUUUGAGCAGCUAUUCUUCUCCAUCAUACCGUCGGCAUUAUUCAUUGUCACGUCACUAUGGCGGACGGUUUGUCAAUUUCGAAAGCCUGUAGUUGUGAAUGCUCCCUUAUUCCAGCUAAUAAAAUUGGGUGCCAUCACGACCUAUGUGGGUCUUGAACUGUCCCUGCUCGUCCUGGUCGCGGUUGGGUCAUUCCAGGUGACCACAAUGUUCAUCGCUUCUUCAAUCCUCAACCUCGUAUCGGCCCUGUUCAUGAUAAUACUUGGUGUCUUGGAUCAUAGCAGAAGUCCGAGGCCGUCGACACUACUGAGCAGCUACUUGUUUCUGACUUUCCUCCUGGACGCGGCUCAAGCAAGGACUUUGUUCCUGUCAUCAGACAAUAGAAUCGAGAUCAGCUAUAGUAGUAUAUUCAGUGCUGCCCUAGCCCUCAAGGUAUGUAUUUUACUACUGGAAGCUCAAGAAAAGUCCAGAUGGAUAGAUUGGGACGAAAAGAAGCACAGUCCAGAAGAAACAAGCGGUAUAUUCUCGCUUGGUGUCUUUUUCUGGUUGAAUAGGAUGUUCUUGAGGGGGUAUAGGAAAGUCCUGGCGACCGAGGAUCUCUAUCCUCUGAAUAGCUCCUUUGAUGCUACGUCGCUCAAUGAGGAGUUUUCCAGGAACAUGGACUAUUCAAAGCUCAAGGGCGAUAAGUUUGGCCUUGUGAAGGUACUGGUGCGGACAUUGAAAGCCCCCCUUCUUUUGCCCGUAUAUCCACGCCUUGCUUAUCUUGCUUUUACCUUUUGUCAACCACUUUUUCUUGAAAAGCUGUCGAACUUUUUGUCCCAGCCCCGACUUGAUGCGAACACUGGAUACGGAUUCAUCGGUGCUAGCUUGUUGAUUUAUUCCGGACUGGCUAUUUCGUGGGCAUUCACAUGGUAUUUCCAUCACCGGAUGCGUACUAUGGCGACGUCCAUGCUUGUCACAGAGAUCUACAAGAAAGCAACAACAGCGCGUAUCGGAGCUGGUGAUGACAAUGCUGUUUUAACACUGAUGAGUACAGAUAUGGAGCGGAUCAAGAUGGGCUUGAGAUCGUUGCACGAGAUUUGGGCAAGCAUCAUCCAAGCUGGUCUGGCUGGGUGGAUGUUGUAUACAAGACUUGGUGUCGUAUUCGUCGCACCUAUGGGUGUUGUUAUUGUUUGCUUCUCUGGUUUGGCUAUUUUAACCAACUUUACUGGAGACUCCCAAAGAGCCUGGAUGGCAGGAGUUCAGAAACGCGUGGGCCUCACUGCUACAGUCAUUUCCAGCAUGAAGAACUUGAAAAUAUCUGGUCUAUCUGCGGCCAUUGGUGACUUCGUGCAGAGGCUUCGCGUUGAAGAAUUAGCGGCGGGUGCCCGCUUCCGCCAGCUAGCCAUCACUGCGGCCCUCCUUGCCUAUAUUCCACAAUUGAUGAGUCCGCCACUGACCUUUGCCUUCACGACACGAACUCUCGAUGCGACAAGGGUGUUUACGAGCCUGUCUUUUCUUACUCUCUUGACCAGCCCAUUUUCGCAAGUUUUCCAAUCUAUUCCUGGUCUUGUCUCAGCAAUAGACUGUUUGGGCCGCAUACAGGCCUUUCUGGAGUGUGAAACUCAUCAUGAUUUUCGCCAAGUCUUCGCUAACAUAACGAGUGAGACGGAGAAAGCGAGAGGAAAUGAUAAGAGCGUAUCCGAUGGGGGUCUAGAUGGUCUCCACCAUGUGGAAAUCAAGAACGGUUGGUUUGGUUGGGAGGCAGACAAGUUUGUCUUGCGAGAUGUGAGUACCCAAUUGCCUACAGCCUCGCUCACUAUCGUCGUGGGACCUGUUGGCUCUGGUAAAUCUACGCUUUGCAAAGCACUGCUUGGAGAAAUCCCUUUCAGCAAGGGCAAUGUGGUCAUAAGCACUAUGGCUACUCAUGUUGGGUUUUGCGAUCAAACUGCGUUCCUCUCAAAUGGGACCAUAAAGGAGAAUAUCGUCGGCUUUUCUCCUUUCAAUGAAGCGAGGUACGAAGAAGUCAUCGACGCGACAGCUCUGAAACACGAUAUUGCCACGCUUCCUCAGGGUGACGAAACUAACAUUGGAUCUGACGGGAUCGCUCUAUCCGGAGGCCAGAAACAGCGUGUUUCUCUUGCACGAGCUCUAUACCUGCAUUCCGAGCUUUUGGUAUUGGAUGAUAUCUUCAGUGGUUUGGACGCAGACACAGAGGAGGAAGUAUUCAGAAAAGUCUUUGGGCCGGAUGGCCUGCUCCGACGACGACGCUCGACAGUUCUCUUAUGCACCCACAGUAUCAGACAUCUCCCUGCAGCGGAUCAUAUAAUAGCACUUGACAACGGCUCUGUCGUUGAGCAAGGUAGUUAUGCCACGCUGGCAACAAGGCAAGGAUAUGUUCAGCGUCUAGGAUUAACGGAAACUCGCAAAAGCGAUGUGACAGAUGAGAAAGUGCCAUCGAAAAGGACAGUACGGAGCUCUAAGAACGACAUUCUAAAUAGAACAAUAUCUAUCACUUCGUCUUUGGGAUCCAAUAUGCAGCAAUCACGGCAGUUAGGCGAUAAAGCCGUAUACAGGCAUUACUUCAAGAGGAUGGGGUUGCUUGUAGCCGCAUGCAGUGUGAUCUUCGCCGCUCUGUGGGGGUUCUUCAUUAACUUUGCAACUGUUUGGCUCACCUACUGGUCCGAUGAUAUUGGCUCCGAACGGCCGGCGCAUUCUUCCGCAUACUACGCUAGCAUAUACGCUACGUUCCAAAUAUGCUGCAUGAUAUCCCUGCUUGUCACGGCCCUUGCGCUUCUCAUUAUCUCUAGAUAA